ACUAUAAGUACACUUUAUAUAAGCAUAAAUUGUAAGAACAUCGUUGGAGUCAUUGGAGUCACCGCGUGCGCGCUCAAUCGUCAGAUUAAGCAACAUUUUAACUCAGUCAGGAUAUGGAUGAGUGACCGGAAUACCGCUUCGAAUUCGAAAUUAUCGAGGAAGGAUUCGCGAAAGUUGUAGAGAGUGUUUGACAAUCUUCGGUUCCUAGCAGUUAUGAGACAUGAGAAAAUUAGAAAUUAGUUUUUUUUUAUAGCUACGCGGAAAACUUUCAAGCGAACAUUUUUACAUGAUAACAAGGUUUGUGCAACGUUGAUUCAAUGUUUCUCAAUGUUAUUGUAAUAUUGACAUCGUUGCUCUUCAACAUUUUUUCAAUAUUGAUACAACUUUACUGUUCUGUAUGAGAUGUGAUUCAAACCUGAUUAUUACUCUUCUUAUAUCUACUAUAUAGGAAGCGUAAUAAUUAGAUAUGUAUCAUAUAUAACAUUAUAUCUGAUUAUAUAUGAAAUCUAGAUCUGAUCAGAUCUUGAUAAAAUCCAUAUCUGGCUUUUUGCUGAACUUUUUUUUCAGGCUAAUAUCGUUAUUAAUAAUGUUUUUAAAAAUUUUCAAGUUAGUGUGCUUACUAUUGAGUUUGUAUGCUUCUUUUUUAAGUAAUAUACCUAUGUUAACUAUUCCUAUGUUCCCUUUUUUUCUGAUUGAUAUUACCACCCUCUCCUUCCUCUUCCGGCCAUCUCUCCCUUCUCCAUACCCUUCCACACGUCUUCCAUGCCCAAUUAUCCACUGCCCUCCCUCCAUAUUUCCAUACCUCAUUUGGAAUCUCAUCAAGCUCCAUCGCCUUUCCAUCUUUCAGCUUUUUCAUUAUCUCCUUUAUCUCUUCCUCUUCUUCUACUUUCCUUCUUCCUCUCACCACCUUUUCCUGCACUCCUCCCAUCACUCUCAUGAAAUAUUCCUUCCAGUUCUCAACUUCAAUUUCUUUAUUUACUUCUUCCUUCUUUACUCUCUCUCUCUCUCUCUCUCUCUCUCUCUCUCUCUCUCUUCAUCGAGCCGCGAUACAUUUCUCUCUUCGCCGCGAUCACUUAAGGUGAUGACAAAUUGAGAACCCCGGGUGGAACACCUGAAUACUUAAUCAACGGAUAAAAUUAACAUUAAUAAAACGACUGUCUGUGGCCGAUCCACAUCUUAUCCGAGGACAAACACGGUACAAACGCUAGAACCACGUGAUAUACGCCUCACGACGAGACCACAGUGAGAAAUACAGCAGUGUUCGUCAGUUUUUCACGUCGUUUCUCAUCGGUGCGUCGAUGGACGACACCAGGAUCAACGACGAAGUGCCGUUCACGUUGAACCGAGUAACGACCAGGAUGGAGCGGAAUUCAGAGGAGUAUCGCGGCGAACCGCUGAAGAACGAGUCGGAAAACGAGAGCAACGACGAGGACUACACGCGUUCGCCGGUAUUGCUCGACCUCGACGAAAACACUAAGCAGCAGCAGCAGAAGGCCGCACGUCGGGAAGCGAAUUCGCCGAAUACUGUACCCGCGGUGCGGGAUCGACGUUUGCAGGAUCAACUGACUCCGUCAGGUAGGUCUUCGACAAGAUAUGCGUCAAAAUAUGGAAGGGAAAAAAAUUAUCCGCGCUCGAUACGUGUCAAUUAAACACAAUCGCUGUGA